GGCCACCUCCAGCACUAUUCAUAUUCGACCACGUUGCUCUCUCCUCUUUCCUUCUUUCUUUCUUCUCUUCUCUGGAUUUCUCCCCAAUCCCCCCCUUUGGUUUCGUGAAAGCCAAGUUGUAUUCGUGCCCUUGCUCCCCUGCCUUACAAACCAGAUCAUUCCAUCUGGUUUAUCCCACCCUUUCGGAGCUCACCGGUCUUUUGCUCUUCGACUCAAUUCCCACACGCAAACAAACAAUUUUUGCAACGGGAAAGUUCUUUUCAAUUCACAGAAGCCUAUUCUACAAAAAUUGCAUGAGAGAUCUGGUUUACUGUCCAUCAUGUCUUCCGAAAGUACGACUAGCGAUGCCGUCCUCAAAGAGAUCCUUGAAGGGCUCAAGGCUCUCCGCACGGAGAACUCUGUACUUGCAGCCUCGGUCGACAAGAUCAAUGGGCGUGUGAACAUGCUGGCUGGCAUCAAGCAAAUCAAGGAUGAAGCUGCAAGUGAGGCUGCCAAUGGCACAUUGACCAGCGACAAGGCCACUGAAGCCGAGUCUGGCAAAACCGUAGAAGCUGUGAGCCAGCAGUAUGAGCAACCCCCUUCAAGUGAAGAGGCCCAGCCCCGCCGUACAAGUGUUUCGAAGAUCUCAAAGAUCAUCUUGACCUCGUACCCUGGCCAGGCUGGCGUUGAUCCCUUGCCAAUGGAAUGGGGUGCCAAAGACCCUGCUGUGCGUGGUCCCGUUGUUGUAUCUAGACAUCCAAACACCAUUCGCAGGCGCAAUGCUAUUGGCGCCCACGGAGGCUCAUACUCCAUCUACAAUGCCCUUGCUGUAGCCAGCAAGAACCUCGACAUCACCCACAAGCCAGACUUUACAAACACUGAGCCUGCCGCUAAAAUUGGUCCGUUCCCGCAAUGGAGCGACAAGAAGAAGAUUGUGGCUAUGGACCCAUAUGGCCAUCUUGCACCGUGGCUGUACAAAGACAUCAUGGACAAGGAUGACGUGGAGAUCAGACCCACCAUUGCUAUUACAAGAGCUCACAUGAAGGUGCCCGAGCUCGAGGACAGUGUAAAGAAAGGCCGACUGGUACCAGAUGGCAAGAUCUGCGUCAACGAGACGGGCGAAAUCGCAGUCACCAAGGUCGCUGUGGAGCCAGUAUGGUAUCUGCCUGGCGUGGCUGAGCGUUUCAACAUUGAUGAGGGAACCCUCCGCCGGACACUGUUCGAAGAGACAGGAGGCUCAUACCCCGAGCUCAUCACCCGCCACGACAUCAAGCUCUUCCUGCCCCCCAUUGGCGGUCUAACCGUCUACAUCUUCGGUGACCCCGCAAAGAUGUCCGACGCAAACUCGAAGCUCGCCCUACGCAUCCACGACGAGUGCAACGGCAGUGACGUGUUUGGCUCCGACAUCUGCACGUGCCGCCCUUACCUUACUUUUGGCAUCGAGGAGGCGGUCAAAGAAGCACAGCGCGGCGGCAGCGGUGUAGUCAUUUACUUCCGCAAGGAAGGUCGUGCCCUUGGCGAAGUGACAAAGUAUCUUGUGUACAAUGCCAGAAAGCGUGGCGAAGACCGUGCGAGCGAGUACUUCAAGCGUACGGAGAAUAUCGCCGGUGUCAAGGAUAUGCGCUUCCAGGCUCUGAUGCCGGAUAUCCUGCACUGGCUGGGUAUCACCAAGAUUGAUCGCAUGCUUAGCAUGUCCAACAUGAAGCACGAUGCUAUCGUCGAGCAGGGCAUCCCGAUUCACGAGCGUGUUCCUAUUCCUGAUGAGAUGAUUCCUGCUGACAGUCGAGUGGAGAUUGACGCUAAGAUCCAAGCCGGAUACUUUACAACUGGUCAUGUCAUGUCCAUGGAUGAGCUGGCAAACGUCAAAGGCCGUGGAUGGGAAGACAUCGACCAUUGAGUGACCAGGUCAUGGGCCACAAUGGCCAGCGUGGUGUGCUUAUACCGCAAAUGCAGGGUCAUCUGAGGGGACCCGCAUUGCACGCGAUAUGUAAGUACAUGCGGGCAUGAGCCUCGUUGUCAGUGAAACCUGAAACGUAGUGUCAAAAGAUAAGACAGAAAUAAAGAUACCAAAAAACGUUUCAGCGUGA